AAUAGAAGUAUCUGGUGUAGGGUCAAAUGGGAAGUGGAAUUCUGCUAUUUUUCAUUGUCGGUGUUUUACUCAUAGAACUAGGAUUUGAAGCCCAAUCUAACAUGAUUACCAAUAACACUGCAUUUACUUGGAGUAUUCUUGGAGGCUUCCUUUGUCCCGUCACAUGCAAGUUGCUUUUUGUCUCUUUCUCUGACAUUAAUUCCUCUUCAAAAGGACACAUCGCAACUGUUUUUUUGAUACUUUUCUAACCAAUUCGCGUUAUAUUGUGACUCAGAUAUUAUUCUCAACAUUGUUGUUUAGUUAUUUCUCUGAUUUUAUGCCAAGGAAAAGAGCAUAAACAAGUCAAUGGGGAACUGUUGCAAUUUUUCAUCAGGUUCUAAUGGCGAUGAUCAUCCCAACGCGAAGAACCAUUUAGGGAGGACUCAGUUCUCUGCUGUUCUCAGCAACAGAAGACUAAUACAAAAUGACAAUUCUACUUCUCGUGGGUGUAGCAAUCACUUUGGAGGAACUAGCAGUCUGUUUGGGCCAAGUAGUAGUAAUAAUCACACAUCAGGAAAUAACACUAGCACGUCGUUUUGGGGCUCUGAGAAUAGCCACACCUCUGGAGUCAGAGAUGGAGGGGAGUUUCCUCGUGGUGAGAUCUUGAAUGCUCCAAAUCUGAGAGUAUUUACUUUAGCAGAAUUGAGGGCUGCCACCAAGAAUUUCGGAGCUGGCAGUGUGAUAGGAGAGGGGGGUUUUGGUAGAGUAUACAAGGGUUUGAUUAGAGCUGAGGGAUUGAAUAUUGCCAUCAAGAAAAGGAAUCCGGAAAGUUUGCAAGGAGUUGCGGAAUGGCAGUCAGAGGUGAAUUUCUUAGGGAGGCUUUCUCAUCCCAACCUCGUUAAGCUGUUGGGAUUUCGGCAAGAGGAUAGUGAGCUGUUCCUGGUCUAUGAAUUCAUGCAUCGUGGUUCCUUGGAUAACCAUCUAUUUGGAAGAGGUGCAAAUGUUCGGCCACUUUCUUGGGAUACAAGGCUGAAGGUUAUGAUUGACGCAGCUAGGGGACUGAAUUUCCUUCAUUCCAUGGAAAUGAAAAUUGUACAUAGAGAUUUUAAACCCUCAAAUAUACUACUUGACGAGACAUUUACGGCAAAGUUAUCAGACUUUGGGUUAGCCAAAUCUUUUUCUUCGCUUGAUCAGACUCACGUAACAACACGAGUUAUGGGAACUUUAGGCUAUGCUGCUCCUGAGUAUAUAGCAACAGGUCGUUUGAAAGUGAAAAGUGACGUGUAUACAUUUGGAAUUGUUUUGAUGGAGGUGCUGACAGGGAAAAGAAUGCAAGAUAUACUGCGAUUGCUGAAGCAAAAGUCCUUGACGGAUUGGCUCAAAUCAAAUAUACUAAAUAGAGGGAAAAUAAGAAUGAAUAUGGAUGCAAAGUUGGAAGGAAAGUAUCCAACCAACUUAGCUUUAGAGGUAGCUCAACUAGCUCUCAAAUGCAUCCGAACAGAAGCCAAAGUGAGGCCAUCAAUGAAAGAAGUUCUUGAAAGAUUGGAACAGAUUGAAGCAGCUAAUGAGAAACCAGCUGACAACAAUUAUAACAGAAGACGUGUUAAUCGUUCCCUGGUAGUUCAACAACGCAAUCAGCCAGAUGGUGGUCAAUUCGAUUGAACCCAUCGGCACUAUAUUCCUUUGCAGCUGAUGCAUUGUGGAGUUGAAGAGCAUAUAGCUAAAGUGCCUCUGCUGUAGUGGUGCCUAAUAGAGUUGAGCUUUAAUAUAAUAACAACACUUGCAAUUUUUUUCAUUAUGUAUAGAUUAUGGGGACAUGAUCAAGCCUCAACAAACAUUAAGCAUAGAAAUCAAAUACUAAUAUGAAUUAGAAAAGCAUAUAUCAUUAACAUCA